AUGGCCGCGCUCGCCAACCAGACCUACUUGUCUGCCGAGGAGGCCGAGAUCCAGCAGUGGCUCACCACGUCGGAGCGCCUCAGGGCCGGAAGCCACGAUCGAUCCCCCAUCCUCGACACUCUCAACCGCCACCUGGCCAGCCGGACCACCCUGCUCGGCAGCAAGCCCAGCCGGGCCGACGUCGCCAUCUACGAGACCCUGUCCCCCGUCGUCGCCCGAUGGACUCCCGACGAGCGGACCGGCGAAAGGGGCCACCCGAACAUUGUCCGCCACCUCGACUUUGUGCAGAACUCGCCCCUGUUCGGCCUUGGGCUCGGCGACGGCGAAAAGCUUGUCGUUGAUCCGGAUGACGUCCGCUUCGUCAAGCCCCCCGUCGAUGCCAAGGCCGAGAAGGAGCGCGCGAAGAAGGAGAAGGCUGCUGCUGCUGCUGCUGCUGCUGCUGCUGCUGCUGGCACCGCCGGCCACGAAACCAGCCACAACAACAACAACAACAACAACAACAACAACAAAGACGCUUCUCUCGUCGACCGCACCAAGGAAAAGGUCAAGGAAAAGGUCGACCGGGUCAAGGAUGCUGCUGCCGCCGCCGCCGCCGGCCACAAGCCCAGCAAGGAGAAGAAGGAAAAAGCCCCCAAGCCGCAAAAGGCUGCCGCUGCCGCUGCCCCCCUCUCGCCCUGCCUCAUCGACCUCCGAGUCGGCCAUAUUCUCAAGGCCGUCAACCACCCCGACGCCGACUCCCUGUACGUCUCCACCAUAGCCAUGGGCGAUGCCGCCGGCAACGAAGACUACGUCGAGUACCAAGGCCAGGUCUGCCGCACCGUCUGCUCUGGUCUCAACGGCCUCGUUCCUCUCGACGAGAUGCAAGGCCGCAAGGUCGUCGUGGUCUGCAACCUCAAGCCCGUCAAGAUGCGCGGCGUCAAGUCUUGCGCCAUGGUCUUGGCCGCGUCGCCCAAGCUCAAGGAAGGCGAGGUGGACGACCACAAGGGUCCUGUCGAGCUGGUUUCGCCCCCGGAGGGCUCCAAGGCCGGUGAUCGUGUCUUCUUCGAGGGCUGGCAGGGACAGCCAGAGGCCGUGCUCAACCCCAAGAAGAAGAUUUGGGAGACGUUCCAGCCUGGUUUUACUACCACGGACAACCUCGAGGUGGCCUUCAAUGCCGCUGCGGUUGAGCAGCUGGGCAAGACGGGCGUUGGCAAGCUGGUUACGGAGAAUGGCGGCGUUUGCACCGUUCAAACUCUAAAGGAUGCUGUUGUGCGGUAG